CUCCUCCCCCUCCUGCGCGUGUUCCGCGCUGCGAAGCGACCACCGGCACCGCUGCCAGGAGACACGGAGCGUGCGGGCCCCGGAGCGGCGCGAAGCGCGGGGAUCUCGGCGGAGACGGCGCCUCCUGCCCCGGCGGCCGCUUGGGUCGCAGCCGCCGGGCCCCGCAUCCAGGCGGGCAGCAGCAGCCGCGGGGCCGCCAGCCCCUCCCCCGCGCCGGGGCCCCCGGCAUGUCCUGAGCGGGGCCGGCUCGGCGCGGAGCCCCCACCACGGAGGGGGCGGUGGAGCAGCGGGCCAAGGGCCGGGCCCCCAUGAAGGAGAAGGAGCCGCCGGCGGAGCGGGGCAAGCCCGCCACCUACACCGGGGACAAGAAGGCGCGGAUGGCGGCCAAGACCAACAAGAAGUGGGUGCGCCUGGCCACGGUGCUGGCCUACGUGCUCUCCGUCUCGCUGGCUGCCAUCGUGCUCGCCGUCUACUACAGCCUCAUCUGGCAGCCGGUGCGCCAGCCGACAGGGCCCAGCACCCCCGGCCGGACGACGCACGGGCCCCACACGGAGCGGCACGGGGGAGCCAGCCCCACGGAGCCGCUUACGCGGCCGGGUUCCGGCCAAGGGGCGGCCGGGACUGAGCGCGCUGCCACCUCGACAGCGCCACCGUCGAGCAACGAGCCCGGCCCAGCCCCCGACCCCACCGUGCUGCAGCGGGUGCAUCGGAGCCACUGAUCGCGGGGAAGCGGGGGCCGAGCUCGGGACAUGGCGCAGCCCAGAGACCCCACCCGGACAGGGGCCCGGCGGCUCCCUCUGCAAGCUACCGGCCUCCACCGACCCUGACUCGGCUUCGCCUCCGCCCGGGGGCCACGGGACCAUCGCCCCUCGCUCCGGCGUCUGCUCCUUGCGGACAGUGGCGCGGACACGCAACUAGAGGCUCUGUUUGCCCAUCCAUCGGUUUGCGCUGGACUCGGGCAGAGUGAAUUGUAAUUAUUAGUUUUAAUACGGUGUAAACGGUACUGGGAAGCCACAGAGAGUGGAGCUCAGGUAUGUCAGCCUAGCUGAAAUGUACCCAGAUGCAUUUCGUUUAUAUCUGUGUAUGUAUUUGUAGAUAUAUACAGUCGGACGAGAACUGUAUAGAAGUGAGAGAUAUGCUAUGUAAACUACACAAUGAGCACACCCUGACUGGUUUUAAAGGGCUAUCGCAGGAAACCAAGCUCCAAAGUUGCAAUGAUCCUGGUGGCUAAAGGAUGCCUAAAGCCAUACAGACCCCGUCAGAAGAGUGCAUGUGACCCCCAGCUUUACUAAGUUUCUUUUAGUAAAGAAAACUCCAUGCUGUGUUGGAUUUCUAGGCUGGGAGAGGGAAAGAAUGCAGCAUAUUCACUUAUUUGCUAUGCUCAUCAAGAGUGAUUCCAGAGGGCUGUCUUCUUCUGAUUAGCAUCUCCAGAUCUAUGGUUUUGGGUCUCCUUGUAUGCUUCAGUAGAGCCUGGUUUAGAUUAGGGGGACAGGGUGGGUUUUUUGAUUCCGGCUAGAUUACUUCAAUUGAAAGCCCUAUUUAACACAAAUGUACUAACAAGUGAAUAUGUUUAAAUCUACUUUUGAUCUGGUUUUAAAACAAAAUGAAUUGUACAGCGGUGUCUGCAUUUGAGUUAAAUACGGUUUUCAAUCAGUUUUCUAGCUUGGGUUUUUUUUUUUUUAAAUAGCACCUUUUCCCUUAAUUUAGGCAUGGCUUAGGGAACUUUAACUCAAGGCAAACAUGAGUGGUAGGCAUGGAAAGAGAACACUUAUACCAAUAGAAUCUUAGCUAGUAUUUUUAGUCUUUCCUUCAAGAGAAUUCUGUGGCUUAAUAUUCCCCAUCACCAGGGUCAGCUUUUCCCUUUGACUCUCUGUUGGUGCUCUGUUCUUCUAUUUAUGCCACUGUGAAAUGCUACUGGUGUUCAAAUUUUUCAUCACUUAUAGGAUCAACUGAGAGCAGAAUAUGAAUUUAGAGGCAGUGUUCUAUUGUUUUGGAAAAAUAGCUUUGUUUACUAAUGAACAAACUUAUUUAAAACAUGUGAAAGGUAAAUUGACUUGUUUACUAUAUUAAAAUAUUUUUUGCAUAUGAAA